AUGACGUCACAAUAUUUCCUGACGACUCCACACGCGUCCUAUCGGAGUGCCACAGCAUUAUUGCUGGGUCCUUUGCUUCUGCCAGAUGGGACCGGAGGGGAUGUAGCUGCUACAGCUGCGAAUGCUACAGCUGCUGCGGCCCUGCCCCUGCUGGACCUGCUACAGCUGUUUCUGUGGGUGGCGGUGUCACCGGCUGUAGCAGAGGAGCUGCUGUUCAGAGGGCUGCUGCUCACGGCCCUGCAAGAGAGGCUCGGCAGGAUCGACGCUGCCAUGCUGUCUGCAGCGCUCUUCGCCCUCUUCCACCUCUCCCUCUCGCUCCUCUUCCCCAACAUGGCCCUUGGGAUUGCCGCCGGUCUGCUCGCGGUCUACUCCAACAGCGUGCUGCCAUCUGUCGCUCUGCACACCACUUACAAUGCAUCUGCCCUUCUUUAUGCACUCAUGGCAACGGCUGCUCCUUCCGUCUAG